AUGGAAGAAGCCGCAAACAUUGCAUCAGAAUGUGUUUAUUCUCUGGACAACCUGCCAAGUGAGGUGGCAUUUUUGCUAAAUGAGAUAAAGGCCAAAGAUCAGAAAUGUCAAGAAAUUCAGGAGCGCAACAAGGGCAGGAUGGCCAAGGCAUUUGCCCAUCGCACAGGCAGUCUGUCCGCAGCUAACCCUGCCAAUGCUAAUCCGGCCCAAAAGGAUCCCUUCAUGGCGGGAUCGCAAGCCCAGCUGCAACAGAAGAUUCGAGUGGACCAGGAAAGGAUUGAGAAACUAUCCGCUCAGAAGAUCGCGCUUGCCCAGCGGCUGCAGCAACUGGUGAUGAAGGCCGCUGGCCGAGUCGAGGCGGAUCUUACACGGGUGCGGAUUGCAAGCGGAGACUUGCCCGCACCUCAACCCGUUAUUCCUGACCCUCCUUCGGAGCUUCCUCCCUUUACUAUUCCUCCAACCUUACAGAUCCCAGCAGCUAGCCCAGCCACUAUUGCGACUGCCCUGCCCGUUGCGGUCGCGAAGCCACCUGAACCUCGAGGGGCGCCGGCGCCUCCCCCGACCAUCGACGCUCUGACCGCCAAUUCGUCUAAUCCUCAGCUGCAACAGAAUAAACGUCGUCGCACGACUACCGGUGGUGCUUCUACUCCUAUUGCAAGUAGUCCCUCUUCUACUGUGGUUAUUGCGGGAGUUGUACCCGCGACACGUCGUAUGCGUCCACACUCUGCUCGCCGUCGACCGGACGCUGAAUCGGAUGAAGAUGUCUUAGAUGAACAGGGUGAUGAAGCCGAAGGCGGCGAACCCGGCGCUACCGAUGAUGCAUUGUAUUGCUUUUGCAACGAAAAGUCGUACGGCGAAAUGAUUGGCUGCGACAAUGGAAAUUGUGCCAUCCAAUGGUUCCACAUGGACUGCGUCGGUCUCAAACCACCUGUGCCACCCGACAUGAAGUGGUAUUGUUCGAGAUGCAAAGAGAAUCGAGAAGAUUCGGAUGUUCAGGUUGCUGGUAUCUCGCCGCAGGUUGUAUCCAACAAGCCUGCGCGCAAAAAGGGAAGACGUGCGUGA